CCCUGACGGCAGCAAAAGUGCGCAGCAAAGAAAGGAAGAAGAAAAAAACGGAAAAGAAAGACCAACUGCUUCCAACUCUGUGAAUCACAUGAGCAGUCUGCUGACUCCUCCUACUGCAGGGUUAAUAUCAGGACAUUUACUCGUUUCUCCUGUAUUGGUUGUCGGGCUCUGCUGGAGAAAAGUCAGAAUGUUUUUUGAGCUGUUUUCAGCGACAACAUGGACUUUACUGGCUCUUCUUUUCACCCUGGUGUUACUGUAUGGAAUUUGGCCUUACAGGUUUUUCUCAAAGCUGGGGAUACAAGGACCAAGACCUCUGCCUUUUAUUGGAACAAUGCAUCACAUGAAAAAGGGAACAACUGCUUUUGACCGGGAGUGCCAGUCUAAAUAUGGAGAUGUCUGGGGGGUGUUUGAUGGACGAAUGCCAAGUUUAAUGGUUGCCGACCCUGAAAUGAUUAAAUCUGUGUUGGUGAAGGAGUGCUACUCUACGUUCACCAACCGCAGGGAAGCAAUGAUGUCUCCCGGACCUUUUGAGGAUGCCAUUACAACAGUCAAAGACGAGAGGUGGAAACGAAUCCGGAGCACAAUAUCUCCAUGCUUCACCAGUGGAAAACUCAAACAGGUUUAUCCUCUAGUUGUUCGCUACGCAGACCGACUUGUUGAAAAACUCGGACGCACAAAUUUGGACGAGUCCAUCGACAUCAAAAAACUUAUGGCACCUUACAGCUUAGACGUGGUGACCAGUUCGUCUUUCAGUGUGGAGACAGACUCCAUAAACAACCCAGAAGACCCCAUCAGUGUUCAAAUGCAGAAGGUUCUUAAAUUCAAAUUGUGGGUCAUUUUUCUGAUACUGGUUUUUCCGUUUGGUAGUCGUCUGGUGGAUUUUCUCAAAAUCGAGCUGAUACCCAGAGUCCAUGUGGACUUUUUCUACAACAUCAUCAAGAAGUUCAAAGACCAGCAUAAGGACGGGGAAUCUAUCGAGACACAAGGAGACUUUCUGCAGGUGAUGCUUCAGAACGAGAUACCAGAGUCGGACAUAAAGAACGAACACGAGCAGCCCAGUAAAGGUUUGACUGAACACGAGAUCCUCUCCAAUGCCUUCAUCUUCAUCUUCGGUGGCUAUGAGACAACCAGUGUUACACUCACAUACAUCCUUUACAAUCUGGCCACAAACCCUGACGCGAUGCAGAAGCUGCAAAAGGAAAUCGAUGCCAGCCUCCAGAAAGAUGCUUCCAUUUCCUAUGAAGAUGUGAACGGUCUUCAGUACCUGGACAAGGUCAUUAAUGAGUCGAUGCGUUUGCUUCCCACUGCACCUCGGCUUGAAAGAACCUGCAAGAAAACUGUGCAGAUCAACGGCAUCACCAUCCCUGAAGGAACUCUGGUUGGGAUUCCUGCACACCUGCUGCACAAGGACCCUCGCUACUGGAGCUCACCGGAGCUUUUCAGGCCAGAGAGGUUUGACAAAGACAGCGGGGAGGAGGUGAACCCAUACGCGUUCAUGCCGUUUGGUCUCGGCCCUCGUAACUGUGUUGGGAUGCGCUACGCUAUCCUCGUCAUGAAGAUGAGCAUUGUCCGCAUCCUGCAGAAUUACACUUUGGAAACAUGCAAAGAAACCAUGAUUCCGCUGAAGUUUGACUGGAAGUUACAGCCGGUGAAACCUGUACAGCUCAAGUUUGUUUCCAGAAAACCAUAAUCCACGAGGGAACAUUUCUACGUGUAUCAUGCUUCUUAAUUCCAAGCAAACACAUUAUUUUCAGGUUGCUUGGUGUAUUUUUACAAAUGAAAAAGAUUUCCUAGAUCAAAACCAUAUUUUAACAUUUUUUUUAGCUUGCCUUGCAUGAAACAGAAAAGGUCCUGCAUGGUCUUUAUGUUAAAAGAAAUAAAAAUUAAAAAGCA